AUGUUUAGCUACUCCCAAAUGGUGCCCCUCGCCGACACGGUCCCCUCGUGGCGGACGAACGUGUCUGGGCUCAUGGGUUCCACCUCUCUCGCAUGCUGGAUAGUCUUGCUUAUGCCUCAGCUCAUUGAGCAAUGGAGAAUGAAGUCGGCCGAUGGUAUUGCCAUUGGGUUCAUCACUAUUUGGUUCUUGGGUGAUGCUCUCAACUUGAUAGGCGCCUUGUGGGCCGGCUUGCUUCCCGAGGUGAUUUUCUUGGCCGUAUGGUUCUGUAUCGCUGACUUCUUGAUGAUCAUGUCCUACAUUUACUACACCAGGUUUUACCCAAAACACCACAAGAAGAGAAGAUCUAGAAGCUCUCGUGGCAGUCGUGGCAGUCGUGGGAGCCGUGGCUCUCAUGAAGGUGCUCCCUUGUUGAGAAGACGCUCUUCUACUUUGACUGAUAUUGCAAUGGAACCAGAGUAUCACAGUUUUGUCACCAGGUACAUCAUUCCCAUUUUGAUUGUCGUUGGCGCUGGGGUGUUGGGCUUUUUGUUCUCUGACUCUGCUGCUGAUGAUAACAAGAGCCCAAGUAAAAUUGAUGCUGGUCCUCAGAUCGUGGGUUACUUAUCUGCUCUCUUGUACUUGGGUGCACGAAUCCCUCAGAUUCUUCAGAACCACAGAAGGCGCUCUGUGGAAGGCUUGAGCUUGCUCUUCUUCUUGUUUUCCACCUUGGGUAAUCUCACAUACGCCGGCCAGAUCUUAUUCUAUCGCUCAGACUCCCAGUAUAUUGUGUUGAAUUUGAGCUGGCUUUUGGGCUCUUUGGGGACCAUUCUUGAGGACUGUGUCAUAUUCUUGCAAUUUUACAUAUACAAGGAUCAUCAUAAUCACAUGGAAGCUGUUUCUUCAUGA